AUGAUCUCCCCUGUUACUACCUGUGGCGCGGACGCGACAGCGGACAUGGCGACGAGCAGCAGCAGUGCUGAGAGGAAGGAAGGUGGGGUUAGUCAGUGGGAGGAUGGACGGGAGGCAGGAGCAGCAGGAGGGGCAGGAGCGGCAGGAGCGGCGGGAGAGGAGGGAGGGGAUGAGCUACAGGUGGAGCUAUGUGUGGACGUGGGGUCGCCUUACAGCCUCGUGGCGCUCGAAAUCCUCCUCAGGUACCGCCAUCUGUGGAACGUCAGACUGCUGUUGCGCCCGGUGCUGCUGGGAGCUAUCCUCCGCGCCACAGGCAACGCCAUGCCCUCUGCCGUGCCCGCUCGAGCCGCAUGGCUACAGCAGGGCAUGGCGCGAACAGCAGCCGUGGCCUGCCAGUGCGUGCGUGCCAACACUUGCUCGCUCUCCAACCCCCGGAUUUCAUCCGCCUCUCCCAUCCCUUCCCUGUCCCCCCCUCUUUUCACCCACCAGCUACAGGUACAGCAGGACAUCACACGCACAGCAGCCUUUGCUGGAGCGUGGUUACAGCACGACAUGGAGCGCACAGCAGCGUUCGCCCGGCUGCCGCGCAUCUCCCCCCCACCGGGCUUCGGCUCGCCGCGCUUCUCCACGCUGCGCUGCCAGCGCCCUGCUCACCGCCCUCGCACUGCAACAGUCCCCAUUGCUCCUGCCUCCUCCUCCUCCUCCUCCCCAUCGGACAUCGCAACCCCAUCGCGCACCGACAUCGCAGCACCGGCGUUGCUGCGCCACGCGUGCGGCCAGGCCGGCAUCCUGCCUGCCCACCAGGACGCGCUGCUGGCUGCUGCUGCCACACCUGCCGUCAAACAGGCGCUUACUGCGAGCACACAGGCGGCCAUAGAAGGGGGCGCAUUCGGAACGCCCACGCUCUUCAUCCGCCCAACCACUCGCCCCCUGCACCUGCCCACGGGCGCCACGCUCUCCCCCGCGCGCCCUCUCAUGCUCUUCGGCUCCCGACCGCUUCGAGCAGCUCGCCUGGCUGCUGGGGCUGCCGUGGCACGGCCCCAACCCCCCGCUAGCAGCGCUCUGAAGCACGCUUUUUACCUGGCAUGUAGGGCAGCACUCCAGGCCAGCACUCCAGGGCACAUGUUUUAG